AUGUCCAUGUAUCCGCAUCGAGGCAUGGGAGGUGUCCCGCCCGGAGGGAACGGCGCGCCUCGCCUGAACGAGCUGCUCGACAACAUCCGCUCCGAGUUUGAGACCCAGGUUCGCCAAUGCGAAAACUACGAGCACCAGAUUCAAACCCAGGUAAAUGAAAUGCAAUUGGUUCGUGAGAAGGUCUACGCGAUGGAGCAAACCCACAUGGCGCUCAAGCAGAAGUUCGAAGAAGAGGUCGCCCACCUCCGCCGACAGCUCGAACAGGCCAGAGGUGGCGCUCCUCAGGGUGCUAUGGUCGGUCCGCCUCCCCAUCAAGGCCCUCCUCAAGCCCCUCCCCCAGCUAUCGGAAUGGGCACCAACGCCUUCAGCGCCAUCAUGUCCGGCCAGGGUGGCCAGGGUGGCCCUAUCCCGCCGCCGCCUCCUCCCCCUCAGGAGCAGCAGGGCCCUCCUCACCAGAUGCCGCAGCCUCCUCCAGGGCUCCAGGGCCCCCCGCCGCCCCCUCCACCGCCGUCGCAGGCGCCCCCUUUCCAGCAGCAAUACCCCCAAGGCCCAGCUCCGGGUGGUUUCCCGUCCCAGCCUCCCCAGAGCACCGCUAGCCCGGGGCCUGGCAAGCGCGGCGGGCCUGGCAGACCGCCGGCUGGUGGCCCGGCGACUCCUCAGAUCAACACUCCGAUUCCGUAUCCGGGUCCCGGAGGCCCAGGCCAGUCUCCUCAGGUUGGCACGCACCCGACUCCAGACCACGCCAGGAUGGCCCAGCCGCAUCACCCUCCCAACAACGCCCUCGGUGAUCUCGACGUCGAGCGCCUGGCCCCUCAACACAAGAAGGCCAGAGAUGACUGGUUCGUCGUCUUCAACCCGACCGUUCCACGCAUGCUUGAUGUGGACCUGGUUCACACUCUGGCGCAUGAGAGUGUUGUCUGCUGUGUUCGAUUCAGCAUGGAUGGCAAGUACGUCGCAACUGGCUGCAACAAGUCUGCCCAGAUCUACGACAUCAUCUCUGGAGAAAAGAUUUGCGUACUGCAGGACGACAACGCCGACACUGGCGGCGACUUGUACAUCCGAAGCGUCUGCUUCAGUCCUGAUGGCAAGUACCUUGCCACCGGUGCCGAGGAUAAGUUGAUUCGGGUCUGGGACAUCCAGUCUCGCACCAUCCGAAACACCUUCUCCGGCCACGAGCAGGACAUCUAUAGUCUAGACUUUUCCCGCGAUGGUCGGACGAUUGCAUCAGGCAGUGGCGAUAGAACAGUCCGACUCUGGGAUAUUGAGACGUCCAACAGCGUGCUGACGCUCACUAUCGAGGAUGGCGUUACUACCGUAGCGAUCUCCCCCGACUGCCGUCUCGUCGCUGCUGGUUCUCUGGACAAGAGUGUUCGUGUCUGGGAUAUUGCUACUGGCCACCUUGUCGAGCGUCUGGAGGGCCCUGACGGCCACAAGGACAGUGUUUAUAGUGUUGCAUUCUCCCCCAGUGGCAAGGAUCUUGUCAGUGGUAGUCUGGACAGGACUAUCAAGAUGUGGGAGCUCAGCUCAUCCCGACCUGGACAAAUGAACCAGGCUCCAAAGGGCGGACGAUGUGUCAAGACUUUCGAAGGCCACCGGGACUUUGUUCUCUCUGUUGCCUUGACACCAGAUGCCCAGUGGGUCAUGUCAGGAUCCAAGGACCGAGGUGUGCAAUUCUGGGACCCCAGGACCGGAAAUACUCAGGUCAUGUUGCAGGGACACAAGAACAGUGUCAUUUCCGUGGCCCCAAGCCCCACCGGAAACUACUUCGCCACUGGCUCUGGAGACAUGCGUGCUCGUAUCUGGUCGUACACCCGCACCGGCCCAUAA